UCCACCAACAGGCCAACUCUCGAAAAGUGCGCAAUACACUACCUAUACACUAUGUACCAUACCAUAUCCAUUAUAUCCAAUCCAGUAUUUUAUACAUAGUGGGAAAUCUGCAACGGGCCGGCUUCAUACAGAAUUUAACAACAGGUUAUAAUGAUAAAGUUGCAAGUAUUUUUUUGUUAAAAGCGAGGAGAAACAACAGAACACUAUGGCUAAAAUAGCAGAGUCGUUGAAAAAAUUAAGCGUCGAGCACGAUACGCGGAAGCAGAAUCACGUUCGAACCGUCCAAAGGAGAAGCGAAUUAAUUUCGUCAAUAGAGGAACCGGCGUCGGUUGACAAUAAUUACAUUCUGGCCGUAUGCGGUACGCAAAGCGAUCCAGAGUUCAGAAUUACUGCUGCUUUGUCGGAUCAUACGUGCGCCGUAUAUUCCGUUGGGGAAAGUUUGAGUCGGACAAUCACUCUGACUCACAAUCAAGCACCUAUCGUUGGUAUUAGGUUCAGUCCUACUUCCAGAAAUAUUCUGUACACGGCAACAAACGAUGGGCUUGUUACAGCGUGCGAUUUACGAGCUAAAGGCAAAGUCGUUGCCGAGUUUAAAGACAGUACGGAGGAUGGAAAAAUGAAACCUCUUUGCAGUUUCGAUAUCAGUUGCGACGAGAAACUCGUAGCGGGUGGCACGGAACACAUAGGCGGAGAUGCGUUUAUUUUGUUUUGGGAUACUCGGUAUACCGGUACCAAAUUGGACAAUAAGAAUAACAAUCUCCUUGGAGGAUACUGGGAAUCUCACAUGGAAGAUGUCACCUCACUGUCGUUUCAUCCUAGUAAGCAGGAUAUCUUAGCGUCCGGUAGUACGGACGGAUUGAUUAAUAUCUUUGACCUCACUCAGCCGUCCGAAGAUUCUGCGUUAACGUACUCGUUGAACACCGAGUCGUUCGUGGACAGGAUAGGCUGGCUGGCAGAAGACAGUCUCUGGUGUACGACUCAACACAAUUCUCUACAGCUCUGGGAUUGCGACGAAGUCACUCCAUAUGCUAAAUUCGAACGCGGUACAUUAGCACUUUUCCAGAACGACGAUCCAGAUGAUUGUUACAUAGUUAAAGUCCACGCUUCAAACGCGUUCGGACAGCCAUUCCUCUUGUCGGGUCUCAGCGGCGUUAAAGGGGAAACUUUGAGAUGUUUGACCAUCGCGAAUGACCGAUUGGAAACGUGUUAUAACAUGGUAGGAAAUAAGCAAACAGUACGCGACAGUUGGUUACACGAGAAGAGUCGGUGUUUAAUAACGGUAGGCGAGGGAGGACUUAUAAACGUUUGGAGGCAAACAGAAAACAUGCUCACGCAGGAAAAUCCGAGUCACAAAUUGGUGUCAAAAAUCGGUACCGGCAAGGGACGCGAUCGACAGCAUAGGCCCAAGCCGUAUUAGAUAUUAAAAUAAGAGACGAACAG